AUGUCUACGAAGCCUGCGUACCAUACGCCGUUCACGGUCUGCAUGGUCUCCUCCGUUAUCGUCGCACAUUUGUCUGCGUGUAAGUUUCUUCUGACGGGGCGAAACUUGGCCGUGGCUCGCGACCAGAUCCGUAUGUGCAUUGGCUGUCUCCGACCCUUUGCUCCGGUGUGGCCACUAGCCCGCAGGACUCUGCACGAGGUUCAGAUCAUUGCCAGAGAGGUAUUGGGCCUCAAUCACGCGCAACAAGGACCUGGAGUCAUGGACUCAAGCGCGAUGGAAGUCGACUCUCAUCAAGCCGCUAUGCUUACAAUGGAGACUCCGGUCAACUUCCUGAACUAUCUCAAUUUUGACGAUUUGCAACUGUCGUCAUUAUCUUGGCUUCCGGCUGAUGGAUAG